CAUACCAUCAUCACCCAUCUAAUUCUCUAUCUAAUUCCUUGUCCUCCGCUGCUUCAGUGUCUAGCAAGCCAAUCAGGAAUUGCCCAGUCAGAAUCGAAACGUCGACAGUGUCCAACUCCGCUCGGCUUGCCAGCUAGUCGGUCGCUUGUUUCGCUUCGCCUUCACGCCCAAAGUCCCAUCUCGAAUCAAGACACUCUCUCAACCCCCACGCAUCGCCCGACAUGAUCACUUCAUUACCGAUACCUUUUUCGCUUCUUGUUCUUCUCUCAUGCUGUCUUUCGACUCUCUCGGCACCAAGUCCAUCAUCACCAGGCCCAAUUCACAUCCCCGUCGUGCGGAAGACACCCCAGGAGCACACAGGAGAGUGGGCGCAGCGUGAGCGCGAGGCACUCAUUGUCAAGUAUGGCGGCCAACCUUUGAGCAAGCGUGCUAGCGAAGGUUACAAUCUCAUCACCAACCAGCAGGCGGAUUCGAGUUACUUUGGUUCGCUCGCGAUCGGAACGCCCCCCGUCUCAUUUGACGUCAUUCUCGACACAGGCUCUGCCGACCUCUGGGUAGCAGACACAUCAUGCACGGCCUGUGGCCACGUUGCAGUCCUCGACUCGUCAAGCAGUUCAACGUUCAAGAACCUCAGCGAGCCGUUCCAGAUCACGUACGGCUCCGGACAGGCGGCCGGUACCCUCGGGCAGGAUGUCGUCCAAAUGGCCGGGUUCUCUGUUUCAAAUCAAGUAUUUGCUGCGGUCACCCAAGUCACUCAGGGUCUGCUGAACAGCCCCGUCUCAGGCCUCCUCGGUCUUGCAUGGGAGUCGAUAGCCUCCUCACAACAUAUGCCACUAUGGCAGACCCUCGCGUCUAGCGGUGCAUGGCAGGAGAACGUCAUGUCGUUCCAGCUCACUCGUUACAUCAAUGCGACAAACCAGCAGGAGCUUGAGCCAGGAGGAACGUUCACUAUGGGUGGUACCAAUUCGAGCUUGUACACCGGCGACAUCGAUUACCAGAAUGUACCCACGACGCCCACCUACUGGCUGCAGAACAUUGGCUCGUUGUCUGUGAAUGGCAACCAGGUCACAAUCCCCACAGGUGGCACCAACGCUUACGCGGCGAUUGACACCGGCACCACCCUUGUCGGUGGUCCCUCGAGCGCCAUCGCCAACAUCUUCGCUCAGAUCCCCAACUCCGCACCGGGCACUGGCUCCUGGCAAGGAUACUACACCUACCCUUGCAGCACCGCCGUGACCGUCUCGAUCUCCUUCGGCGGCCCUUCGUGGGCCGUGAGUCCCGCGGACUUCCAACUGCAGCAGAUCUCGAGCUCGCAGUGCGUCGGCGCGUUUUUCAACCUCGAUGUCGGCGGCUCCGCGCCUGCGUGGAUCAUCGGCGACACGUUCCUCAAAAACGUGUACACCGUCUUCCGGUACAACCCAGCGUCUGUCGGCUUUGCGCAGCUCUCGUCGACCGCGGUCGCCAUGAACGGCGCAGGCGGCGCGGCGCCCUCGCCCACGAUCGGGCAGGUGUCGUCGACCGUGACGGCGACCUCGAAUGGGGCACUUGCCAAGUUCGGCGGCGUCCCGGCAAAGGGCCUGAUUGGCGCUGGUCUCGCCGCGCUCGCGGGCGCGAUGGUGCUCUGAGCGCAAGAACACCUCGGGCUGCUGUGGUGUCGUAGGUGUAGGCUUUCGUUUUGUGCACCAGUGGAAGGGAAGAAGUUUUAUAUAUUUGCAUUUGUUUUAACGAGAUGUGGGUAGCGGUUGGACAAGGACAAGGACAGGGAUAAGGAUAAGGACAUAUGAUGACGCAUUGCAAAUUGGUUCUUCCACAUUCACUAUUUUUAUGCUUCACGUUCGAACCUAUCAUUUAGCCGCUUUUUCUUCUGUGACUUGUCGAGCGCAUGCUUUGUCCCUCCCCCGUUCUGAAGGACUUAUUCAUUAAUACAUUUAUGGACAGCUCUGCAUUACGAACAUAGUUUGUAUGUCUAUACUCGC